AUGAAUUGGAAUGCAAAACCAGAGAGUCUGUCCUUCCCACCCCAGUAUCCUAAAAAACAAGCAUCUUUUUUGGAGCAAGGACUUAGCACAACAUGUCAAAGUUCAUUCCAUACUGGAAGUAACCAAGAACCAUGCCUAUUUCUCAGUAAUUCACAUCCAGUUUCACAGCCACUGCUCAACAUCAGGAAUCAGAAGACUCCUCCACAAAUCCCUGUUUCUGAUUUGCAUAGUGGAACCAUUGUGACUUCACAGACUUCAGUAGAAAGAAUAACAUAUGCAAAUGUUAAAGGACCCAGACAACUAAGUCAUGAUUUGCAGAUUUCUUCAGGAGUUACACAAGAUGUAUGGUUGAACUCGCCAAUGGGGAGUUCUGCGCUUUCUCAUACAGGGGCAACUGUAUCUCAUCAAACUGGUUUUGGAACGAAUAUACCCAAUGUGCAUGCACUACAGAAUCAGUUUCUAACAUCAGAUACUUAUUCUAUGCAAGUACAUGUGAUCCCUUCUAAUUCUGGAAGAGUUCCUAUAAGUUACCAAGGAAACCCAAGACGAAACCUACCUUUGUCAGAGCAACAGGUUGAUUGGGCACCUCAGCAAGCAUCCAGUGGACUGACUUACCAGGAUUACGGACCACUUCCAAAGCAAUACAGUUAUUCAUCACGAAGCUUUUCGCAGGAGCCUACUCUUCAGAAACAAAACCCUAUGUCAUCUGUAUCAUUCCAAGUUAAAAAUAGUCAAUCUCCAAAUCCUGCACUGACAUUUAAGUCAAAGCAGAUUGUAGCUGUACCAUCAUAUCAAUAUACAGUUACUCAAACUGACAAAAGACCUCCUCCUCCUUAUGACUGUAGAUAUGCAAGCCAGUCUUUGCAGAGUACUCCACGUGUUGUUAAACAAUCCUCUAUGGAAGUUCCUCAGAGUCAAGAAAUGCACUUACCUGAAAUGAGGAAAGACUUUUGUAGAGACUUUCAACAGCAGUGGCAAAACCCAAAUGAAAAUUUCAGUAUGAUGGGAAGUUCCUGUAACUUGAAAGUAAAUACCAGUGUCAGUCAUUCUUUUAAUGAACCUGUUAGAUCAUCUGUGACUGGUGCUCAGGCUCUUGCUCAAAAUAAUCAGGAGAGAAGAGUGGAUUCUCAAAAUCUAACUUCAAAUCAAGUACUGGACACAAGUGUCACAAAAGAGAAGUUAGUGAGGGAUAUUAAAACAUUAGUAGAAAUAAAAAAGAAGUUUUCAGAUCUUGCAAGGAAAAUUAAAAUUAAUAAAAAUCUCUUGAUGGCAGCAGGUUGUAUUAAAACACCUAAUACCUCUUACAAUGAAUCAGCUCAAAAUUCUGGAUUGUCUUUGAAACAAACUGCCAAAAUCCAGUCUGGACCACAACUAACCCUAGUCACUCCAGAGACUGGGGAGGAUAAACCACCAACAGUAAUGGAAUCUGCAGAAGAAACUAAUAGACCACAUAGUGUGUUGAGUUCCAACCUUCAGAACAGAAAUUUUAACCAAGUCAGUUCUGUUUUACUAAAUUCUUCCUGUUCAGAAAAGUUGCCAAUACCAGAACAAGUCCAUGAUUCUGAAGCUGUGAAUCCUUUAAAGACAUCAACUGCUGAGGUAACUCAGGUACCAUUAAAUAACACCCAACUUUCAUCAGGAAAUUUUGUCAGCAUUGCACAAAAUGUGUCAACAAAUUCUGAAAUAACUUUUCUUCCUCAUUCUACAUCAUCUGAGGAAUAUAUUUCAAAAUAUCCAAAUAAAAAUAGGCUAAUUCUCAGUUUACUUACUUCUGGAGGUAAAACUCAGAAGAAAUUAUUAAAAGAUAGUAGUGAAUGUAUUCAAGAUUCUAAACUGCAUAAUUUUGAAAUGAAUCCAAAUACUGAAAACACUGGUAACCAACUGAAAACCAUGGAAAAUGUAAAUCCUCCAAGGACUUGUAAUAUAAAUGCCAAAAUUGCAGACACUUCUUGCUUUGAGUAUAAAUCGUUUAAUGGGGUGUCUUCUAACAGUGGCUCUCCCUUUUCCAUGGAAUUGCUAGCAACAUGUCUGUCUUUGUGGAAAAAGCAACCUUCAGAACCUACCAAAGAAAAACAGGAUAAUGAGUCAAAAACAAACACAACAGCCAUUGCAGUUUCAAAGCCUGCGCCCAUCUGUGAGAGUAGUCCAUUUUCACCUGUGGGAAAUUCUCAGAAUAAGAUAGUAAACACUUCACAAGAAACUCUAUCAUCAGUUGUAGCACAAAAUUAUGAGUCUUCAGGAACAACUACUACAAAAGGGAUUGCUGUAGUAUCACCCUUAAUUCUUUCAGAUGUCAAUACAUUGUCUGUGAAAGAUACAUCUGAAGCUUUACCUGAAACAGCAUAUCCAGUUAUUAAAGAAGGCAGUGUUUGUAGCUUACAAAAUAAAUUGACAGAAAAUACUGCUGCUUUGAAGAUUGUUAAUGAACCAGUAACAAGUACUACAGGCAUCACGAUUUUCCCACUAAUUGAGGACAAGCAAAGUCAGUCAACUAAUACUAAUUCAGAAGGCAUACCUGAUACCAAUCAAGGAAAGCACAAUGAAUCAGAACCAGAUAUCCAGUGUCCUGUGAGUGAUCAGCAAGCCUCAUAUAUUUCAGAGAACAGUAGUAAUGUGGGCAGUGAUGUAUUACAGAUUGGCAGUAUUUGUUCUCUUGUUGAAGGUGAUACCUCUUAUGAUUCCCAAAUAGCAGAGAUAUUCAGCUUGCUCCCUUUGCAAAAAGCUGAGUCACAGAAACCUCUACCCAAUCACCAAAUAAUGAAUAGUAGACAACAGAAUGAACAUUUCACUGAAAAUAAAGACUUUGUCUUUAAAGAAGAUGAAUUUGUGCAGUGCACAGAUGUUUCAAAUAAAAUAACAGAUCAGUCAGAAUCACUGCAACCUCCAGCACUGUCACCUUUGAAAUGUGUUGAAGCAAAGAGUGGAAUUCUAGAGGAAAGCAGUUUGGAGCAUAUCACUGAAAAUGAAAACAUGGCAAAUGAUACAUGUUCAUCAGCUGCUAUUCAGCAGGAUAGUUACCCUCAGGAAGCUGAUUUGUCCUGCAGUUACACUGAACAGGAUCCUACAACAGAUGAAAGUCUCCAUGAUAAGACAUCUAUCUUAUACCUACAUGAUCAGCUGUCAGAACUUUUAAAAGAGUUUCCCUAUGGUAUUGAACCUGUGAACAUGCAUGAAAGUUCUGUGGUACAGCAGAUGGCAGACCAAAUCUCAGAAGCUCAAACUUGUGGUAAAACUGAUUGUGACUCCAAAGGUUCAACAGACCAGAUACAAAUUACAAUAUUAAACACAGAUCAGAUGAAAGAAUUGUUUCCUGAACAGGACGAUCAACCCAAUGAGGUUGACAAAUUGACAGAACCUCAGAAAGAAAAGCCUGUAACAAAGGAAGAGAACCAGUGUGACCCACAGGCACGCAGAGUUGAAGAACAUUGUGCUUCUGUACCAUUGGAUUCAGAAAAAGAUGAUAUCCGUUGCUGUGCUUUGGGGUGGCUCUCUAUGGUUUAUGAAGGAGUACCUCAAUGCCAGUGUAAUUCCAUUAAGAAGUCAACUUCAGAAGAAAAAAAACAGACAAAUCCAUGUUCUCCUUCAGAGGCCAAGAGUUAUAAACAAGGAGAGAGAACCUCUGACAGAGAUGUUCCUGUUGCAUUUAACAGUGCUCCAAAUAAUCCUCCAAAGAUUCCUCUUACUUGUCCAGUUGAGAAAAAACAUUUUCCUGAAACAAAGCAAAGCAGCAAUAUAAAAGACAAAUCCAAAACAGAAAGUAACAGUUCACUAAUGACAGAGCAAGAAUUAUCCAGUCAACUUUCAUCUAAAGGUGAUAAAAAACUGGAUUCUUGGCAGAGUCACAAAAGAAAACAAAAUCUGCAAUUUCACGAGGAAACUUUUCAUUCUGCUAAUAAAAUUAUAAAAUUUUCUCAGGAGAGCCUGCAGAGGAAGUUCAUGGCACAAAACUUAGGGCCACUAAAACCAAAGAUGAGUUUUUUGACAAGCAAAACUAAAGAUUUGAAUAUGAAGAAUGGUUCUUUGGUACAGUCAGUAUCACCAGAAAAGAGAAAAUUGAAAUCAGGAGGCUCUAAACAAUCUAUGGAAGAAAGGAAAUUAGAUGAAGGGAUCAUACUUGAUUCAGAGAUAAAGAGGAAGAAACAUGAUAAACAAGAGCAGAAUAAAAAUGUAGGAGGUGGUGCAUUUAAAUUCUGUAAUUUUUCAACCCCAAAUGAAAGAACUUGGAUUAAAGAAAAGACAGUAUCAAAUGUUAAAUCCUCGGGCUCUAAGGAUAGCUCAUCUAAAAUGAAUAGAGUUCUGUCACCAAAGGAGUAUUUAUCAAGGCAGAAGCAUAAGGAAGCAUUGAAGAAAAACUAUCUGAAAAAUAGUGAUUCGCAGCAUAUGAGGCCCAGUAAACUUUCUGUGCAAGUGGAAAGUUCUGGGAAAUCAAAUGAGAGACCCAAUGGCAGUGUACAGACCUGCAAGGAAUCAUUAAGUAUUGGUACAGGCCAUGGUAAAAGCAUCAAAACCCAUCAUUCCAAAGAGUCUAAAACAUAUAUUUCAAGGAAUAUUAAAGCAACAGUUGGUGGAAAGCAGUCUGAUAAAAUGUGGAUUGAUAGAACCAAGCUAGACAAAAAUUUAAAUAAUAUAAAUAAUGAAGGUGAAUUAAGCCGAAUGUCUUCCCAAACAAAGGAUCAAAGGAAGCUGUAUCUGAACAGAGUUGCAUUUAAAUGCACUGAACGUGAGCGCAUUUGUCUCACAAAAUUAGACAAUUCACCCAGGAAGCUUAAAGAAAAGAGACCAGAAAGUAAAUCUAAGAACCUAUUACCUGUGAAAGACACCACAGAAAAACUAAGCAUGCUGGAGUUUAAAUUAUGUCCAGAUGGAGUGUUUAAAAAUACAAACACUGUUGAAGACCAGAAGGAUCUGCAGCACACAACUAGGAAGGAGCAAGCCCCUGUGCAAGUUUCAGGAAUAAAAAGUACAAAAGAAGACUGGUUAAAAUGUGUGACUGAGGAGAAAAGGAUGCCGGAAGCCAACCAAGAAAUAGAUGAUAAUGUUUUGGCUAAUUCAAGGCUCUCCAAGAGAAACUGCAGUGCAGAUGGAUUUGAGAUACUACAAAACCCAGUAAAAGAUUCAAAAGCAAUGUUUGAAACCUACAAAAAGCUGUAUAUGGAGAAGAGAAGCAGAAGUCUUGGUAGCAGUCCUUUAGAAUAAUUUUGAGACUUUAAUUCUUCUGGUGGUUCUGUAAUUACCACCAGAAAAAUUCUAUUAAAUAUUUUUCUGGAAAUACUCAAGAUUGCCAUGAUAAAAUUUCUGAGUCUGGUUACCCCUUAGGUUAUACAUAUCAUUGAAAUUAAUUAAAUUGGCUUGAGAACCUUAUUUUGUGGGUAGCAGACAUAAGAAAUAGGUGGUAUUUGUCAAGGAAACCAUAAGCUAUUGAAUUCUGACA